CGGUCUGCGCAGAGGUGGGCGGGGUUGUACAGGUAGUGUUUUACACUCACGCGCUUCGUCCAAACAAGAGUUGAUUCACACACUGGGACGCACAUUGGACAAGCUCAGUCACAUAGCGGACCUCGUUAAUUCCUCGUCUCUCUGGAAAUGUCAAAACAGCACGUCUGAUAAUGUUGGGAAGAAAAGUACCUGGGUCAGGUGUGCUGAGCGCAGCUGCUGUAGGAAUGGACCGGAGGAGGACAGGAGAGAGACUGCACGCAGCGCUGGCCGGACUGCAAGAGCUGCAUUUCCUCCGGGACAAACAGAGUGCCAUGGUGCACUGGGCUCUGACCCUGGACAGAGAGGACACCAAGACAUCAAAACACGAGAACGUGAGCACAGAGGAGCUGAGACUGGAGGCGACACUUACUCUACUCAAACAACAGCUGACACGUCUACGCAAACAGGAUGUGGGAUUGAAGACUCAUCUCCAGCAGCUAGAUCAACAGAUAAAUCACCUGAAACUGGAUGUGUGUAAAGCAUCCACUGAACACCUAGAGAGUGACAGCAGACCCAGUUCAGGAUUCUACGAGCUCAGUGAUGGGUGUUCAGGCUCAUUGUCCAAUUCAUGCACCUCCGUCUACAGCGAGAGUCUCUCCUCCUCAUCUCAAACCGGUCUGCUUCCUCAUCUCCCCACCUCAUAUAUGCCACAUGGCCGUAGUGGGGACCUUGACCGAAUGAUUGCACCUGGUUUUGGCUCCUUCAAAUCCACUGAUGUGAAGAGCUCCACCCCUUGUUGUAGCCUACAAAACCCCCAAGUGGACCCCAAAUACCAGAGUAACCUGGUAUCUAGCAAUGGGACAGAAGUGUACUGUUACCCCAGUCCACUGCAUGCUGUGGCCUUACAAAGCCCCAUCUUCAGUUGCACCACUGAUCAGGGAAAUCCAGUAGCACUUGAUGGAAUGUCUGGAGUGGGUCUUGAAGAGGAAACCCAAAACCCAAACGGAGGGUCCACAAAUUCCAGGUCUGCUGGAUACAUCAACAAGGUACUACAGAGAAGCUUGAGUAAGACAAACCUGUUAAGCAUAAAAAGAAAUGACACCGUUAGCAGUACACAGGAGCAAAGACCCAGAUCCCAGGAAAUGUCCUAUGGACAGCUGAAUGGCCCUCAACUGCUGGGUUCCCUUCAACAAAUAACAAUGCCCUUAGAAAAUGCACUGGAGUCUGGAAAAACAUCUUCAGCACUAAACAGCAAUCAGCAGCAGAGGAAUGCACCUGGUCUGGAGCCCAAUUCUGAAGCAAAUGAGGUCCAGACACUGUGCCAUGGCACACACCCAGCACCUUCCAUGGAUCUCCAAAAUAAUUACUUUUCCAUAAAGAAUGCCACAAGCAAGGCUGGUACUGAAUCUGAGAAUGGACUCUCAGACAAAGGGAGUGGACAUUUUUCCAAGGAGUCAUCUAUGGUCCCUAAGCCAGUAGAGAGGAGAUUGAGUUUUACCUUCAGAAGAGAAGAGAGUAGAGCUUCUUUUGGUGAUAAGGGCGGCACCCCUCAAUCAGAUUUUGUCCAUGCACAGUUUGUUCCAGCAGGGUCUCAGAGGGUAAAAGUGCGUCAACCAGACAAAAAAACAAAAUCUGUAAAACUGAGAAAGAAGAGCUCUGAGAAGCCUUCAGCAAAGAAACAUCAGCAUAAACACUUGUCUCGAGAGUUCUGCACCAAAACCCGAGCUGACUUAAAACAGUCCGGCUCAUGCAAAGGGAGAGUAACAAAUCUGGAAGAGUCCCAGAUGAACUCUUGCUCAGAUUGCAGUUGUAAUGGACUUUUCAACUCUCACUGCAUCCAGAACAACUCUCACCUUCAACAGAGCCAAACCUCCAAGUCCACCAAGACCCAUAAAGCCCCUGAACCUGUGCACCUUCCUCUAGACCAAGCCAAAAAGAAACAAAGUUCUCGGAAAUGGCCUUCCUCCUCUGAGAUCCGUUUGCCCCCAGCUCUCAACACCCAGAGAUCCAAAGAGAUGUUACACUCUCAAAAGGGGGCCAUGGUAAAGAGUGUUAGUUCCAGGCCUCGCUCAGGUCAUUGGGGCUGUCCUCCACGAGCCCUUCCCCACUCGCUCUCCACCUCCUCUUACUUCAGUUACUUGGAAUCUAGAUAUCCGGCAGCUCCAAUCUCCAGUCGCUACCCUCCUCGUUGCGAGUCAGAGAUUUCGGAGUACUCUGCAGAGUGUGCAUCGCUCUUUCACUCUACUAUUGCAGCAAGCAGUGAUGGAGAGUUGAGCGACUACACCACAAACCGUUUUGGAGACAGCGAGUCCAGUCAGGGCUGUCAGACAGCCUCAGACUCGGACAGUAGUCUCUCGCUGGAUGAGGAGGACCUGUUGGAGGAAGAAGAGGAAGAUGAAGGUGGUUUAGUGUGGGCUCAGGCUGCGUUGGGGACCACGGCCGCGGGCUUUUCUCCUCAGCAACAUCAUCGCCCAGAGCCAGCAGCCUGUCGCAUCAAAGCUUCCAGAGCUCUGAAGAAGAAGAUCCGCCGUUUUCAGCCAGCUUCACUCAAGGUUAUGACUUUGGUGUAGCUUCACUAAAGCUUAGGAUGGAUCCUGUCAAGUAAACCUUUAGCUUCACCUGAAAUUUGGGACUCACAUGGAUCCCCAAACUUGUGACCCA